AUGCUCGGGGUGCGUGCGGCAGCGGAACGCGCGCUGCAUAGCCAAGGUCCGGUGGGCGCGCGGCGGUCGAAAGCGUUUACGCUCGACGAUCUUCCAGACCGCGUCGAUGCGCCGCAGGAGCGCGUCGUCGCGCCGCCCGAGCCGGAAUGGCCGCCGCUCGCGCUGAAUGUGCUUGAUAACAUGCGCAAGUUUCCCAACUGCCUGCUGCUUACGCGCGUGGGUGGAUUCUACGAGUCGUACUUUGAGCAGGCACCGCAGCUGGCGGCCGACAUCAGCAUCAAGCUUGCGACGCGCCGGUGGGCGGGGCAGGUCGUGCCAAUGUCGGGAUUUCCGAUCCACCAGCUCGACAAGUACCUCAAGGUGCUCGUCCAGGAAAAAGGGCGGCUCGUUGCGAUCUGCGAAGAGUUUAAAGAGAGCCCAUCGAGCGCUUCGUUCUCGCGGCGCGUGACGCGUAUCGUGUCGCCCGGCACGCUAAUCGACGAGCGCUUCCUCGAUCCGUUCUCGAAUAAUUUUAUCCUUGCCCUGUCCAAGACCCACGCCGGCUACGGUAUCGCCUGGCUUGAUGUGAGCACGGCUGAUUUUCAGACUGGCCAGUGUGCCGACGAAAAAGAGGUGCGCGACGAGAUUGUACGCAUCCAGCCCCGCGAGGUCGUGCUUGUCGAUGGCCAGCUGGGGCCGGACGCAGCGCUCGUGUACGAGGCCAUGGAUAUGAUUCACGCCGCGGUUGCAGCGGUUGAGCCUCGGCGCGACGCGCUCGACCUGCGGCAUGUGCCGGCGCAUGCGUCGGACGCGGAGCGCGACGCAAUCGCAGUGCUCACGUACUACCUCGAGACGCGCCUCAUGGAGCACAUGCCGGGCCUGCACAUUGACACGUCCGAAGGCACACUCGGCGCUGCGGACGACCAGGUGAUGCACCUCGACGCCCAUACGCUCGGUGCCCUCGAAAUCCGCGAGACGGCGCGCGACGGCAGCGUGCGGGGAAGCCUGACUAGCAUUGUGCGCCGGACCAUGACACAAGGCGGCACGCGGCUCCUCACGCAGUGGCUCGCACAGCCCAGCACCUCGAUACCCCUGAUUCGCGCACGCCACGCGCUCGUCGACUGGCUGCUUCAGCGCCCGUUUCUUCGCAAAGAUCUGCGUACGCUGCUGCGGGGCGGCGUCGGCGAUAUUUUGCGUACGCUGCAGCGUAUUAGCCUGCGGCGCAACGACGAGCAAGACUUGCUGGAAGUGCGCGACUUUGUGCGCACCUCGGACGCACUGGUGCAGCGCCUGCAGGCCGAGCAGGCGGCCGCAGCGCCCAGCACGCUGGGAUGGACCGAGCUCGGGGAGCUGUUGGCCAAGUUCCAGUCGCUGCACGCGCUGGGCGAGCGGCUCGGCGGCGCCAUCGAUGAGCGCGUGAUUGAAAAACGUAUCCAGCGCCAAGAGGCCAUGGAGCAGUCGCGCGACGUCGCGUACGGCGGAGGGGCGACGCCGACCGAUGACCCGCCCAAGCGGCGCACGCGAAAGAGCGAGCCGGCCGCGCUUCUCCUCGACGGGGACUUGUGGGGCGACGACUUUGAGCAUCUUAUCCGCCCCGACGCCUCGCCGGUGCUCCGUGCGUUCACGGACGAGCACACGAGCCUGCGAAAAGAGGCACGCCGCCUCGAAAAUGCGCUGCGUACCGAGUUCCAAGAGCCGGUUACGCUGCGCUUCCUCCUUGGCCAAGGGCACGUUGUGCACUUUGCCAGUGCGCGUGGCGCGCCGAGCGACGCACCCCUAUCGCUUGCCUACAAAACAAAGACGACACGGACCUAUUACCAUGCCGGAUGGACCAAGAUCGGUAUGAAACUCCAAAAGCUGGCGGCGCGCCUGUCGGAGCGCGAGGCCGAGAGCCUCGAGAUGCUGCGCCAAGAGGUCCUGCAAGAAACAGCCGCACUGCGGCGCAAUGCGCGGCUCAUCGACCAGCUUGACGUGCUGCUGUCCUUUGCGCAGGCGGCUGAGGAACUGCACCUCACGCGGCCGACGGUCGACGACUCGACCACGUUUACGAUCCACGGCGGGCGCCAUCUCGCGGUCGAGAUGGGCCUUUUGGAGCGACAGCGCCUCUUUACCAAGAACGAUUUGGUGCUCGGUCACAAGGAGUGCAUGCACCUCGUCACCGGGCCGAACAUGGGCGGAAAGUCGACAUUUCUGCGCCAGAAUGCAAUCCUCAGCGUCCUUGCGCAGGCCGGCAGCUUUGUCCCGGCAGAGGCCGCGCACCUUGGCGUCGUCGACCGCAUCUUUUCUCGCGUCGGCGCAAAAGACGACCUCUUCCACUCGCGCAGCACCUUUAUGGUCGAGAUGGCCGAGACUGCCGAGAUCCUGCGACGUGCGACACCACGCAGCUUUGUGAUUGCCGACGAAAUCGGGCGCGGGACGAAUACAUCGGUUGGGCUCUCGAUUGCGUUUGGUACUCUGCACACGUUGGCGACGCGGAUCGGGUGCCGCAGUCUCUUUGCGACCCACUACUACGAACUCGCUGACCUCUUGGAGAGUGCAGAAACUGCACAGGGGGCCGCGCAGGACUUGGCACGCCGUGUCGCAUUCGUGUGCACGACACUCGAAACGUGCGGCGAGGGACUGCGGUACUCCCAUAAAGUGCGCCCUGGCGUGAAUCGCACAUCGCAUGGCCUAGACGUUGCGCGCCUCGCGGAUAUGCCGCACGAUACCAUGGACCUCGCGGCACGUACGCACGCAUGGCUCGAGCGCCACGGCGGGCACCGCAUCCCUACCCAGGGCCUCGUGACCGACGUACUGUCCUAA